AUGAAUCGGCGAUUAUCGGACCCAGAAAUGACAGCUCCGCCAGAAACGUUGGCAUGGUUGGAAGAAUUCGGCUUCAAGGUUGAUCUGACUGGGCGGAAGAAGCACUCUUUUGACUCGAGCAACUCUUCCUUCGAUAAUUACGCGUUUGACGAGGCGGACAAGACGAUUCUGCCACUUGGAAUCGGGCUCCGAUCAACAUUCGACGGAACGCACACAAUUUCUUUUGUUCAACCGGGAUCGCCUGCUCAUCUCGCUGGAAUUCAGAAGAACGAAAAACUCCUUAAAAUUAACGGCAAGCUCACUAAUCAACUCGCAAGCUAUCAAAUCGCAAAGAUCUUGAGCACUGACCCUGGAAAGCUGCAUUUAGUGGUAGAAACUGAGAUUUCCUGA